AUGUCUUUAGACAAGGAACACGAAGUGCUAGUGUCCAGUUACCUCACGGGACUGCACAUCCCAGCGGCACACCACCCACACUCGCCACCAACCCCCAAAUUGAUCUUCCCCCGCAAAUUGAACCUGCCCCACAAGAAACAUGUAUUGUGGUGUGUAUUGCGCAGAAACCAGUUCAGUUAUUACAAGGAUGAGCAGGAAAGGGAGGCCUUGUAUGUAGUUCCCGGUGAUAUGAUUUUGAAUUUAAAAGUGCAAAAGGAGGAUGGUACAUUGAGUCUGUACUCGACGGACACGACGCUGACCUUCAGGUUUCUGGAACAUACCACACAAGAGAAGUGGGUCAAGGCCAUUGACGAGUUUAUGAGGUGCAAGAGGGAGUCCGAGGAAGCAGGAUCUGAUUCCGACGAUGAGAAGAUUUCCAUGGAUGAUAAGGAUAUAUGUGAGAAUGAAGAGGAUAGGAGACGAUCUGAGAUCACUGUGGAGGAAAGUCCGGGCCAUGAUGAAGAGUUCUAUACGACAUUUGAUCCGUCUACAAAAGAGCAUUGUAUCAAAAAGGGUACGAUCUCUGUUAGGGUGAAACGGGUGCGGUUCAAUAGAAAGAAGUGGAAGUUGUUUAGAGUGGAACUGACCAAUAGAUGGUUCAAACUGUACUCCCUCAAGAGUGGGGCGCUGAAGAGGCAGAUUGAUUUGAAUAAAGUGGUGGAUUGCGUGGAGGGGCCCUCUUUGCCCUCGGAGUUGGACACAGCGUUUGUGCUCAUCACCUUGAAUGAACGAGUGCAAUUGCGACCGGACACAGAACAGGAGAUGGUAGACUGGAUUAUCAGCUUGAAGAGCACCAUCCUAGUGAGGGAGAAGCUGACUGGUACACACUAG